AGCAGUGAUUGUGUCACGUUUUCCCUCGGCUAGGGGUUGAAUGCCCGAUCUUCAACCCAGUUAACACCGAGUCGUGGACAGCCAGCGACUUCGUUCACUCACAAAAUUUGUCUGUUGACAGUUAAGGGGACCACAGCGGACAGCGGCCUUGGUAACCUCUUAAGCAGGCUUGACACGUACAGGUCUGGGGAGAUCUUAUUUCACCAUAUCUCUAGGAAGUGUAUCAUUUUACCAGGUUACUUGGGGAUUUUUUAAGGGAGACCCAAAACUGCCCCUGUUAUUGGAAAGGAUCCCUUUAGCAUCCAGACACCAGGAUAUCAUAUAGAUCUGAUUCCACAUCAUGGCGAACUACCUGGGCCCCGAAAGUCCCAGGCCCUUUGCCGUGAUAUCGGAGACGUACCGGAACCGGCUGAAGAUUCCUCAAUACAGAGAGGAUGAGCAGCACAGCUUCGGGGAGACGUGGGAAGAAAACAUGUUCCAGCUGAUACAUAAACAUUUGGAGCUGGGGACUGCUGAUAGGUUUUGCUACAUUGGCGAGGACAAAGGAUCUUUGGUGGAGAAAAUCGAACACAAAUUCUGCCUCCUAGAGCCAACUUGCAGCGUAAUACCGGGCUGUAACGCGCACGUCGAAACCAUUUGCAAAACCAAGCGGGUCUCCAUCCCUAUUGCCGGAGUUGGCGCGGAAGAAUAUUUCGAAAAAAUGGCACGUGACGCACCCUACAAAGGUCCUUCUUUUGAUCGCGUUUUAUUAAUGGACUGUAUCCAAUACUUCGAGAAUCCGAGGGAGUUUUACGGAAAUGUAAUGAGGACAGUUUCUGAUUUCGGGAAAAUUUUGGUCAUCCAUCGACCCGGAUCUAUGAAUUCUCUGCCGUACCCGCGCGACGCUCUAAUCCGUGUUCAAGAAAAGGACCACCCGUACAUGCAAAUUAUUCGGGAUCUUCAAAACCACAACUUCGACGUCCAGUGGGAGAUAGAAACCCUACCCAUCAUCAUGCCAAAGGUAAAGUGGUUGGCUAUGAUACGGGACCGUUACCCUAGUCAGCUCGAGGCCAUCAGUAAUUUCGAAGUUUCAGCCGGCAUGAGAGAAUUGUGCGAAGGAUCCCUGAAAUACGAGGGAGAAAUGAUCGAAUUCAUUGACAGGCUUCUGUUCAUCACUGCCAGUAGGAAUCUUAGCCAGUCCGGCAUGCCCAUAGUCAAGAGAUGGGGUAAUGUGGGUAAACCUCAGCCCACCCCCACUGGGCAGGCGCUGAACUUACGGCUGGAAGUGACACCGGAUAUCGCCCGAUAUGUGCAGAAGAAAGAUUGGAAACCGAAAGACGAAAAGCGUUAUCCAUAUUCUGGAAACUGAAAGAGAUUAAAGACAAUACUUAUGUGUUAAGAUGUUAAGUAACGCAAAAUUUGGUGGUUUUGAAUUCAAUUAUUUUUUAAACCAUGUAUAAAUUGUAAAACAGGUCCGUUUGGUUCAUUGAAGAAGACGUCAACGAGUUCUACUUAUAGGACCUAUCAUUUUAGGGGAACAAAAAAUAUUUGCUCAUAAAUUCAUGUUUUCAAAAAUUAUCACCAGACACCCUUUAGAAUUAUAACGAUGUAUUUCAUCGUGUAUUGUAGUGCAAUGAUGUCUGCACGAAACGAUAAAAACAUCGAUGAAAGUAUAAAUGAUUAAUUGCCUAUCAAGUGACACUUGCAUGUAAUGCGCCCCUUUAUUGAUUAACUUCAUUAAUCAACACAGACACAGUGAUCGGGUAAGAACGUGUUACCAAGGUCGACUUUGUAUCAAAGCGAAUAUCGAACGAAAUGUUACACUUUGGGAUUCAUACAGCACAUAAAACGUUGCUUUAUUACCACACAUCAGAUUCAAACUCUGAUAAAUGUAUACUGUAAAAUAAGUCAUAGACAUUCGCAGUGUGCAUGUAUGUUUUUGCUGAUACUGCUUAUUUAUACGAAGACUGUGUGAUUUACUUAUGUAGACCCUUUCACUGAUAGAGUUG